AUGGAGGUGGCCAGCGGUCCUGCAGCUCCGGAAACCAGAGAGAUCUGGGCUCUAAAGCAGUGUCUGCUGAGCCACAGCACCAGCUGGGAAAAGCAUGGCAUGGUGGCCUCUUGCCUCAAGGAGCUGAGGAACAAGGCUUGUGACAUUCUGGCCAUUGAUAAGUCCCUGGCACCUGUCACUCUGGUCCUGGCAAAGGAUGGCACCACGAUGCAGGGACAGCUUGGAUUACCCAAGAGUCCUUCGACAGAGAUGGAACAGAUAGGGGCAGGGUUGAAGUGGAAUAACGUGGCCAGGCAGCGGAGGGAAGACCUAUCCAGCAUCAUCCUGCUGUCCGAGGAGGUGCUCCAGAUGCUCAUUGAUGUCCUGUGUUCAGAGCUGGCUCAGAAACUCGGCCAAAGUCAUGUGGCAGUCCAGGGGUUCCAGAGCACCCUCCAGCAGGGGCUUGACCAGAGGGAGGAAGCCUGUCAGUCCAGGCAGCUCCUGGAACUUUACCUCCAGGCUUUGAAGAAGGAAGGCAGCAUCGUGUCCAAGCAGCAAGAAUCCAGAGCUGACCUCGGGGAUGAGAGGGAUGCAGUUGACACCAGCGUUAGAGAGAGCUCCUCCAAAGUUAUGCCUGCGAGCCAGAUCCUCGUGGUGCUGAAGGAGAAAUCUGCCCCAGACUGUGGAGUGGAUGCAGAGGGCGCUGGUGUUGGUCCUGAAUUGUGUGCUGAGGCAGCGGGUGUUGUCUGCUUGUUCCAGGCAGGGCACAGACGCUGCCAAGGAGGCCAGCGUGCAGCCGUCCCUUGGCUCCAAGAGGCCCUGAGCUGGUUGCCAGCUGCCCGGCACGCAGCAGGCUUCAGUGAGCCCAUGGUCAUCAUCGGAUAUAUCCUGGCCGGGCUCUCUGCCUCCAUCUCGGCCCUCAGCUAG